AUGAAGCAGUCGCUCACGUCUUCACCGACACUGUCGUACCCUGAUCCCACUCGCCCGUACGUUGUAGUGACCGACGCUUCAGAUCAGGCCAUAGGAGCAGUACUUCUUCAGGACCAGGGACGCGGGUUGCAGCCGAUCGCGUACGAGUCGCGUAAGCUUAGGGGAGCGGAGUUGAACUAUCCCAUACACGACAAGGAGGCGCUAGCGAUCAUCCAUGCGUAUAAGGUAUGGAGGUGCUACCUAGAGGGGGCAGAUAGUGUUAUACGCACGGACCACUGUUCGCUUCGUUUCCUCAAGUCGCAGCCGCAGCUGAGUCGUCGCCAGGCUAGAUGGAUGGAGUUCAUGGAGGGGAGUUUCCACUACAGGAUAGAGUACAAGCCAGGCGUUCGCAACCCAGCAGAUCCGCUCACUCGCCCUAGUUGCCAGCUCGCUAGCCUCACAGUCACUGCCGGCCAUCCACUUCUCACAGCACUCUUCGAGCACGGUUACACAGUCGAUCCCGACUUCACAGCACAGCCGCCCGCAGGAGCAGAGGUGCAGGGUAGUGUUUACAUACGGAAGGGUACAGCACGGAUUUGGGUUCCAGCCUACCGCCCUCUUCGACAGCUCCUUCUCUCAGAGGCACACGACGUAGUUAGUGCAGGUCACUUUGGAGCAGACAAGACGGUUAAGACCCUUAGUCGCACGUACUACUGGCCAGGGCUUGCAGCAGACGUAGAGGAUUACAUUCGCUCGUGCGACACGUGUCAGCGUACGAAGUCCUCUCGCCAGCGCAAAGCAGGACUCUUGCAGCCGAUUCCACCGCCCGACCGCCCUUGGCAGGUAGUUACCAUGGAUUUCAUCAUGGCCUUACCACGCACAGUUAGGGGUCACGACGCCAUCUUCGUUGUAGUCGACAAGUUCUCUCGAGCAGCGCACUUCAUCCCCACGCACGGCCAGGUCACAGCAGAGGAAGCCGCGACGCUGUUCGUAGAUAACGUAGUCCGACUGCACGGGGUUCCCGAUUCCAUCAUUUCCGACCGCGACCCUAGAUUCACCUCGAAGUUCUGGAAGCAGCUUUUUGCACUGUUUGGGACUCGCUUAGCCAUGUCGUCUGCGUACCAUCCAGAGACAGACGGACAGACCGAGCGUGUGAACCAGACACUAGAGCAGAUCCUUCGCAGCAUCACGAUGCACGACGCAGAAGCAUGGGAAAAGAAGGUGAGCAUGGCAGAGUUCGCAUACAACAACACGCACCACUCCGCCACAGGCAUGUCACCGUUCUUCGCACUGUACGGUCAGCACCCCAAUGUCCCCACUCGUGUCGAUCUCACUCCCACAGUCCCACGUGCUGGCAAUUUCCACCAGCACCUCACUUUCAUUCACGACCACGUGAGGAAGCACCUUGAGCUCGCUAAUGCACGCAUGGCACGCACCACCAACCGCGGUCGUCGUGAGGUGUCGUUCACAGUCGGCGACCGUGUUCUUUUGGAUAGCCGCAACCUCCGACUGCCACAGGACAGCAAGCUUCGCCCACGCUUCAUUGGUCCAUUCGUCAUUGAGCGCGCACUAGGUCCAGUUGCAUACCGGCUGUAG